AUGUUCAAGCAGCUGUCUCAAUUGAGCAAGAAUCUUACGGAUGAGCUGGCUAAAGGUUUGGCAGACGAGCUUAAUGAGGGACAAGAACAGUUCGACAAAAACAGUGAUCUACCAGUGGAUGUUCAAGCAAAGCUGAGAAAGUUCGACAAGUACGAGCAGAAAUAUCCACUUCUUUUGAAUGCAUACAAGGCGGAGAAAGCAAAGAUCGAAAAACUGGCAGCGCUGCAAAAAAUACUAUGCGAAAACACGCCAAUUUCGUCAUUAGAGGACUUUGAUUCUCUAACAAGCUUCUUUCAAAACACAAAUUUGAAAAUCGACAUGCUCAACGAUGAGGUUAAGCGUCUUACGACUGAGAAAAACGAGCAAUCGGUGGAAUUAGAGGCCCUGCGCGGUCAACUCAACGAUAAAGAUAAUCAGUCUGAUGUAGACGUCUCAGUCGAAGACACGCACAAAGAACGUAUCGAACUGGAGGACAGGCUGAAAACACUACAUGGAGAAACUGAUCAACUGCGAAAGGAAGUGGAAACGAAAAAUGCCGAACUUGCAAAGGCUUCUGCGAAAACAGAAGCUUUGAAAAAAGCUUCCGAAGAAUCAGCUACAUUAAGAGCCGAACUAAAAGAUGCCAAGGAAAAGAUUGGGGAAAGUAAACAUGCUCUACAGGAGAAGGAGGAAGCGUACCGUACGGCAACUGCAGAGAUAAAGGAGAUCAACACAUUACUCGAUCAAAAGACGGCAGAAUAUGAAAAGGUCAGAUCGGAGCAGAAAUUAAAACAAAACGGUGACAAUUGUAACGCUCAAGGUGGUCAAAGUGCGAAUUCAAAGACGAAAAAUAGAAAGAGAAAGGGUAAAAACAAGAACUCACUACCCGUUGAUGUUCAGCAAAAUGCCACUGCUAUUUCAGAUGUCAAACCUACUGGAGAAAAUGAUUUGUCUAGUGAAAUCGAACAACUGAAGGAAAUUCAGCAUAAACUCAACGCAUUGCAGCAGGACUAUGACGCAUUACUAAACAGACAUCAGAAAUCUAAGGAAGAGAUCCAAGUACUGAAAGAUGCAGAAUCAGAACUUGAAAAAUUACGCAUUGAGAAAGAGGAUACAGUUCGACAAUUACAGGAAGCAAAAGAUGAACUGAAAUUCAAGUCAGAGGAGUUGGACAGUAACAAGGAGAUUUUAAAAAGUGUGGGGAACGAGUUAGUAACCGCGAAAGAUCAAAUGAAAGACCUUCAGAGCGGUGACAAUGCCAAGGUGAAUGAGCUCAAAUCCGAAUUAGAGUCUAUUCGAGUGAGACAUUCGGAUAGCAUCAAGUUAUAUGAAACAAGACAGAAUGAAUUGAAGCAAAAGAUCACGACUUUGGAGACUGAAAAAUCGAAGGUCGCCGAGGAAGCCAACAAGUUGAAGUCUGCGUUAGAAAAGUCAAGUAAUGAGUAUCAGAAAUUGUCAUCGAACCUGAAAAAGACGGAGGAGACCAUUGCAAGGUUGAGAAAGGAGAACGGAUCCAUUACGGAUGAGCUGAGAGAGAUGCCUGCUCUGAAAAAGUCAGAGAACGCUCUCAAGAUGUCCGUUACUCAAAAGGAAAAGACAAUCGUCUAUCUCGAACAGCAGAUAAAGGAUUACAGUGCCAAAGAGGAGCAAACAAAUAAGCUGCUACGGGAGUCUACGGCAGAAAGUGGCAGACUUUCUGCGAAAGUAGAUCAGCUCACAAGAAUUAACGAAGGCAUGAAAAACGAAGUGAGGAAGAGUGAAGAGUCGAUGGAGAAAUUCAUCAAAAAUAACGGAACCUUAGGCGAAAAGCUGGAAGUAUUGAACGAGAAAUACGCAACUUUGAAGGAUUUGAAGAGUGUAUCUCAUGAACAGGUAGGAACAAUAGGAAGACAAUGUGAUGAGCUUAAUAUUAAGCUGAAAGAGGCCAAUAAGCGGAUUGGAUUUCUAGAGGAUGAAUUGAAUGAAUCAGCCCUUGUCGUACAAGAGAAAACAAAGGAACUCGUUGGCAUGCGUCGCACCUUAGCAGAAGGCCAUUCCGAUGUAGGUGCUAGGCUGCAAAAAGUCGAAAACAUUCUCACGUCCGCGUUGGACGAAAAGGAGAGGCUUGAGAGUGAAUUUGCCCUGCAAGCGACAAUGUUUCAGAGGACCAUCCAAGACUUAAAGAAAUCAAAUGAGAAUCUAACGCUUCAAAUACAAGAGCUCAGAUUGAAAGAAAAGAAUUACGAGUAUGAGGUGAACCAGUUGAAGUCAUCGAAUGCCAAGGUGCAGAAGGCGAGCAAUGAGGACUCUGGAAAAACUCGUGAAUUGGAGAGUGCUCUUUUGGAAGUGAGAAACAGUCUCUCCAACUCAGAAAAGAAACUACGUUCAUUGGAAAUCGCCAACGAGAGCUUCAAGGAGCUGAACGGUGACUUGACACGAAAACUGGACAGAGUUUCGAAGAACUACAAACAGAUGUCCAGCCAGCUCGCUGCAGCAAAGGAGUUGAAGACGUCAAGACCGUCGAGUAGGUCUAACUCUGUCUUUUCGAUAUCCGAUCAGCAUUCUAAUGGCGUCUCCCGUCGUGCUUCUUACACGGAGGAGUCCGGAAAGGAAACACAAGCAGACUUAAAUGAUAAAAUUGCAUACAUCAAAAACGUUUUAUUAGGUUUCUUGGAACACAAAGAACAGAGAGAAAUGCUUCUUCCAGUGGUUUCAACUUUGCUGCACUUGGACAGUAAUGAUGAAAAGAGGCUACUGAUCUCCAUUAGGUAA